GAUUAUGAAGCUGCAGACCAUUUUGGAGAAAGGAAUAGGAGUCCAUCACAGUGGUAUCUUACCUAUUCUGAAAGAAAUUGUAGAACUGCUUUUCCAGGAGAGUAAGGUUAAGCUGCUGUUUGCGACAGAGACGUUUGCGGAUGGGUGUGAACAUGCCUGCACGUACCGUUGUGUUUGACUCAGUGAAGAAGUUUGACGGCACCAAUACACGUGCGCUACUGCCAGCCGAGUACAUCCAGAUGGCCGGUCGCGCAGGGCGGAGAGGCAAGGUAUGUUAUUGGCAAGGUUAUAAUUCUCUGCAA